AUGAUUUUUCAUGAAUUUUUGUGCUUAGAGGCUGAAACAUUUUCUUUCCAGUCAAUGCACUAUAACUUUUGUGUCAUGAUUUAUGAACGAAAGUCAUCUUUUUCUUUAUUUAUUUUAAAUAUAAGACCCUGUCAAGAAGGAGAUAAACUAAUUGUUAAAGAUAGUGUGCAAGUUGCUUUCGGCUACCUUAAUCCCUUCCGGGAAUAUGAUUACCCCCAGAAAAAAAACCCUGCACUGGAAGCAAACAUUAUAUUCUACAUCAAAGCCAAGCAUUUACCAGAUGUACCAUGGCGCUACAGAGCCUACUAA